AUGGCAGAUCCGCUCACGCGUGAAGGCGACGGCAUCCUCGGAUCCGAUGAGAUAUUCUCCCGUAGCAAAGUUGCCCCCCAGGGGGGAGGAGCGUUUCAAGGCCAGCCCUCGUACACCAUGCCUCAUCCUCAACAGGAGACCGGGCCUGACCCGGCAGCUAUGAAGGCAGCAGCCUUGGCACAGAAUCCCCCCAAGUCCUUCUGCAAAAAGAGUAAGCUCGGAGGCACUCCCGCUUGGAUCGCUGGGCUGAUCGUUGCACCUGGUCAGCUAAUCUACGCCAUGGAGGCCGUGUGCUUUGCGGUAAACCUUCCGCUCAUCUCUAAUAAGUUGGGGGUUGAAACCUCUGUUGUCCAGUGGGUCAUCCAUUCCGAGCUGCUCAUCUGCUGCGGCUUCGGCUGCCUUGCACCCAAGCUGGCUGAGAAAUUCGGCAUUAGCUACGUUUACAUUGCAAGCUCAUAUACCUUUGGCCUGUUUACGUUUCUUAUUACCUUCUUCCCCACUAGCCUUGCUGCGGUGAUCAUCUGCCGGCUCCUGGCAUCCUUCGGACUUGCGCUGCUCUUACCCCUUGGCAAUCCUAUGGCUUAUAUGAUGACCAGCAAGGCGACGCUGCCCAUCGUCCUUACGGUAAAUAGCGCUGCAACGCCCAUCGGGACCAUCUUCUCGUCGCUGGUCUCUAGUGUAAUUGCUGAGAAGAGUGAGUGGACGUACAUGAUGACCAUAAUCGGGCUGUUUUCCAUGCUCCACGCCACCUACAGCAUCUUCCUCUGCCUUCGGAUCAAGGGUAACAGGGCUGCGAAGAUAGACUGGAUUGGGGCGAUCUUUAUCAUCACUGCGGUCACCCUGAUCAUCUUUGGGCUCACAUCUAUCUCUGAGGGCAUGCCUUGGUAUGCAGGGACCCUGUCUCUAUUGUUUGGGGUAGGUGUCUUCGUUGUCUUCUUCUUCUGGAACACAAGGUGGAGCAAGUGCCCUCUCUAUAUGAAGUCUGCGUUCAACCCCUCGGUCAUCAAGAACCUCAUUGCUAUGCUCAUGGCUGCGUCGCUUUACUUUGGAGAACGCUUUUUCUUCCCAUAUAUCAUCGUUCGGUACUAUGAGCGUAAGUCUAUUGAAAACGGCCUUUUCUCAGCCAUUGGUGGCGUCCUCAGUAUCGUGUUUUCCCCCCUCUUUACCUUUGCAAACAAGAAGAUCGUGGCACGCGUCAUAAUCAUAAUCUUUGGACUGACCUACCUCGUCGCCAUGUGCAUCGAGGCUAUCUUCUUAGAUGAGCACGUGGCCCUUGUCGUUGUUAUGGGGACUAUCUGCAUAAUUAGUUUUAUCGCUCUGCUCAUUUCUAUUCAGACUGCGUCACUGGCCAACACCCCCACGAAGUAUGCCCCAACAAUAGGGUCUCUGAACUCCAUCAUGACCAACUUGGGGCACUCCAUUGGUAUAGCUCUGGCUGUCACCGUUCAAUCAACCAUCACGGCCUCCAGCAGUAGUAGUGAUCCAAGGUAUGGACUGAAGCGCGGCAUACAGACAGGAAUGCUUUCUUGCACCUUCUUUGGCAUUGCGCUGGUCAUUGUCGCCUUCUUCAUGGGAGUGCUAAAGAGCGAUCGUGGAAAGUGCGGCUUUUCUGAAAGAAUAUUGGCACGCACAAAGCACUUCCCCGAGAACAUCAACAACAGCGGCGAGAUGGUUGAGAUUCAAGGUGAUACAUACGAAGCGGUUCAGGAACAACAGGCUAUCACCUCGCUGUAUCAACCUAAGUUCUUAUGA